CGCAGUGAACUACUUUUGAGAAGAAUGUCAGUGAAGCAUGCCAAGCCCAACCUCAACCAGUCUCAGGUGGCUGAGAUGGUGAAGAGGCUCUUCAGCCUGACGCCAUCAGAAAUGCGCUCACUGCCGAGCUACGGUGACCAGAACUUUUAUGUGGCGGCUGUCGAAGGUGGCGAGUAUAUCCUUAAAAUAAUGAACUCAGAAGACAGUAAGAACCCCACCCUGAUCGAGGUGCAGACGUAUGCCAUGGCCUUCCUGUACCAGAACGGACUUCCUACCCAAAAAGCUAUUCCCAACACUGCAGGACAGUCUAUCAGCAUGGAAGAUAUAGAUUGUGGCUAUGGCUGUCAGACUUAUUUGGUCCGGCUGUUGACUUAUUUGCCUGGAAUCACUAUUUCCAAGGCUCCUUUAACACCACAGUUACUGUAUGAAACCGGCAAGAUGGCAGCCAGAAUGGACACAAUCCUACAAAAGUUGGAACACCCUAAUCUUAGCAUGCUGCAAAGAGAGAAUUUCAUAUGGAGUCUGUCAUACGUUCCCCUUCUGGAAACAUACAUGAAUGUACUAGAUGGAGAUCCUCUUCAGGAGGUUGUUAAGUCUGUCAUUCAUCAGUACAAGACCUCUGUGGUCCCCCAAUGCUCCAGUUUCCGCAAGUGCGUUAACCAUGGGGACUUCAAUGACCUUAAUGUGCUUGUGCAACGUGAUGAGAGUGACAGCUAUAGGAUCUCUGGUAUCCUAGACUUUGGGGACAUGAACAGUGGCUAUUACAUCCAUGAGCUAUCUAUCAAUAUCAUGUAUAUGAUGAUGGAACACCCUAAACCCAUAGAAGUGGGUGGACCUAUCAUCGCAGGCUGGGAAAGUGUCCUUCCCCUCAAUGAGGCAGAAAAAGAUUGUCUCUAUGUGCUGGUGCUGUCCCGCUUCUGCCAGUCUUUGGUUUUAGCUCGUUACUCUGUGACUCUGCAUCCAGAAAAUGCAGAGUAUCUAAUGAUCCCAUUCAAGAAGGGCGUCCACAUUCUCCCUCAACUCUGGGAGCUUGGAAAGGAACAGGUGGAGAAGGUGUGGUUUCAGAGUGCUGCUGCAUUCAGAGACACUCACCAAAUGAAAUAAUAUGUUUUAUUCAGACAUAUAGGUGUGUCUGAAUUGGAGAUAAGUAUGCAAGAUGAAGUAUUAAUGCUCUAUGGUAAUAAUGUACUUUGAAAGCAAAAAUAGAGAGACAGACAGAACAGAGAAAGAAGAAGCAAGCAUACAGGGAAAAGUGCUAUAUCAUGGGUAACUUUAUUAGUAACUCAUCAUGAAUAGUCCGUAGGUUCUCAAAUUUAAUAAUAAGUUGGGAUAAUAAGCGGACAUUUUCUUAGUAUGAUACUGAUCCAAAAUGCAGUCAGCUGCAUCUCCAUUAUGGUCACUAAAGGGUGAAAUGUAUUCAAGAUAAUAAGUAAUUAUGUAAAAAUGUGAAAAAUACGAGAAACAAAUGUGGGAGCUACGUUUAAGGGUGCUAAAUACACUUAGAAAUAUAAAUGCAACAAAUACAAAACAGACACAGUAUUACAAUACAUAGCGAACUACAAAAACCCCAUUACAAGCCACAAGUCCAUAGUUUCUCAAAUCAUGUUUGUUGUUUUGACUUGUGUACUUUGGUGUUCGUCUUUAUGGUAACAGUCCACUUGGUAAGACAUUGGACUGACAUUUGAGUUUAUCAAACAUGUGAUGUUUGAUAAACUCAAAUAUUUGUCCCAAUUGCCUUUAUUUGUGGAUUACACUUAAACAAUUACUUUUAUUUUUAAAGUCAAGAUUGAACUUUUAUUCUAAAAUACAAUGAUGACAAAAAAGUUCCAUCAUUUUUUAUAUUUAUCUAUCAUGAGAUUAUACUCAUGAUAUGAUUGUGAGACAAUGUGAUUCAUUCAUGAUAGAUAAAGUGUAUCUUCUCAAAACUCUAUUGAUGAAUUUCUUUAAAACUUAUCACAGUGAAAAUUAAACCACAAGUAACCUGAUGUGUAUAAAUAGGAAUAAAAAGAGGAAUGUGUCUGAAAACAAAAUUAUUGCAACUUUAUAUGCAAUAGUGUAUAGACACAACAUAAAACUGUAAAACAAAACAAAACAAACUCACACCGCGGUGAGGUCAAGCUCGG